CAGUAAUUGAAAAGCAGAAAAAACGAGCCUUGGACAGUUAUAUAUUCAAAUAAUCUAUUUAAAUGCGUAAAUGUGAUGAUAUUAAACGUUUAACUCACCUAUAACCUGUCAGCAUUCCCCAAUCGAGCUUCAUGUCUGAAUUGAUAUGAUCGCAUCCUUCCUUUAUCUGAGUUCAUCUUGUCCGAGCUUCGGUACUGACUAACUUAUAAAGUUAUUAUGAGUCUCACAUAUAGGCCAAACACCCAAGAAUUGAGACAGCUGAAUUGUGUAAACAGUAAACACAUACCAGGUAUAGAUUGAUCGACUCCCACAUUUACAUUAUAUCUAUGCAUACUGAUGAAUAAUGUGAAACCCUCAUCACAUAAGUAUCAAUGAAGUAGCUAACAAAUUACAAUUAAGACUUCACAAACUCCAACCACUAACCUUCAUAAUGCACUAAUCUGUGAUGGCUGCUCUAAUAAGCCCAUUUACUCCCUCAAAUCACACCCCAUGCCCAACCCAUCCUCUAACUCUUCUUCCAAAAUCCACCUCCCUCAAAGAAAUCAAGCAAAUCCAAGCCUAUACCAUCAAAACCCACCUCCAAAAUGACCGCCAUGUCCUCACCAAACUCCUCAAUGCCUGCACUCUUACUCCUACUGCUUCCUCCAUGGACCAUGCUCACCAUCUGUUCGAUCAAAUUCCCCAACCAGACAUUGUCCUCUUCAACACUCUCGCUCGAGGCUAUUCCCGAUCCGCCACGCCACUCAAAGCCAUUUACCUAUUUGUGAAAGCCUUAAAUGACAAUCUUCUUGCUGACAGUUACACAUUUCCUUCUUUACUUAAAGCUUGUGCUAAUGCUAAGGCCUUUCAAGAGGGUAAACAAUUGCAUGGUCUAGCCAUCAAACUUGGGUUAAAUCACAAUGUUUAUGUGUUUCCUGCACUUAUAAAUAUGUAUACUGAGUCUAGUGACGUUGAUGGAGCUCGACGUGUGUUUGAUAAUAUACCACAACCUUGUAUUGUUUCUUAUAAUGCUGUCAUUAUGAGUUAUGCUCGGAGUAGUAGGCCUAACGAAGCAUUGGCGUUGUUUCGUGAUUUGCAAGUAAAAGGACUGAAACCUACUGAUGUCACCAUGCUUAGUGUUUUAUCAUCUUGUGCUUUACUGGGAGCAUUAAAUUUAGGGAAGUGGAUGCAUGAGUAUGUCAAGAAGAAUGGUUUUGAUAAUUAUGUCAAAGUCAAUACUGCUCUUAUAGAUAUGUAUGCCAAGUGUGGGAGCUUGGAUGAUGCAAUUUCUGUCUUUGAGGGCAUGAGGGUAAGAGAUACACAGUCUUGGUCAGCCAUAAUCAUGGCUUAUGCAACUCAUGGACAGGGCCAUAGAGCUAUAUCGAUGUUCGAUAAAAUGGGAAAGGCAAGACUAGUGCAACCUGAUGAAAUAACAUUUUUAGGUUUAUUGUAUGCCUGUAGUCAUACUGGGUUAGUAGAUGAGGGUUUUGAGUAUUUCUAUGGUAUGAGUAGAACAUACGGGAUUAAUCCCGGUAUCAAGCAUUACGGGUGUAUGGUGGAUUUGCUAAGUCGAGCUGGGCGGUUGGAUGAAGCUUAUAAGUUCAUUGAUGAAAUGCCAAUCAAGCCUACACCCAUACUAUGGCGAACCUUGUUAUCUGCCUGUAGUAGCCAUGGUAAUCUGAAAUUAGGGAAACUUGUGCUGGAGCAAAUAUUUGAACUAGAUGACUCUCACGGAGGAGAUUAUGUGAUACUAUCUAACAUGUAUGCAAGAGCUGGGAAAUGGGAAGAUGUGGAUUCCUUGAGGAAAUUAAUGAUUGAUAAAGGCGUGGUUAAGAUUCCAGGAUGUAGCUCCAUAGAGGUAAACAAUGUGGUGCAUGAAUUCUUCUCCGGAGAGGGAGUGCAAUACAGUUCUUCAAAUUUGCAUCGUGCGCUUGAUGAGUUGGUGAAGGAAUUAAAAUUGGUUGGUUAUGUGCCUGAUAUUUCUCAAGUUUGUCAUGCUGAAUUAAAUCACCAAGAGAAAGAAAUGAGUCUCAGAUAUCAUAGUGAAAAACUAGCCAUUACUUUCGGGCUUCUUAACACACCACCAGGGACAACUAUCCGUGUGGCAAAGAAUCUUCGCGUUUGUGGAGAUUGCCAUUCUGCUGCAAAAUGCAUAUCAUUGAUUUCUCAUAGGCAAAUAAUCCUUAGAGAUGUCCAACGGUUUCAUCACUUCAAAGACGGAAAAUGCUCGUGCGGGGAUUAUUGGUAGUAUAAGGGCAGUGAACUAAAAUUCCGGCCUCCUUAAAACAUUUCUCUAGCACAUCAUGUGGAAGGAUGAUAUGAAGGGCAAGAGUGGUUCUGUAAAUUUUCAUAAGGCUCGUGGCUGAGUACAUGACUAUUAAUGCACAGCAGCUGGUAUGCAUCAUUUUUCUUUUUCGUUUAUUUUAUAUUUUGGAGCAUCCGAGAAUUCGAUGAUAAUUACUCAUCAUAGGAAGAAAUACAUACUCGUCUGUAACGAGUGCAUAAUAUUUUUUACAGGUAAAGUUGUAGAGUUACAUAAGUAUUUCCGAAAACAGAUUCGAUAUGCCGAUUCGAUAAGUUUCCGGUUGUAUCUUUUGAUAUGGAUUUGUUAUUUUGUACCAGGACCAUCAUAUAUACUUCAAUAAUGA